UCCGCUCCGGCGACGACGAUGACCAUCCUUCCAAAAUCCAAAUCCCCACCAAACAAAGCAAAGCAAAGCAAAGCAAAAUGGCGGACGAGUACGAUGCCCUCUCCCUCUUCGCCUCUCGCCUCCUCUCCCACCCCUCCACCACCUUCGGGGACGGGGACGGGGACCACCUCCUCCGCCUGCUCCAGGCCGCGCUCUCCGCUGGCCCCGACGUCCCCGCUCUGCUACAAACGCGCUCCGCCGCCCGCCGCCUGCUUCAGGACCGCGCCAAGGAGGCAUUCGCCUUCGCCGCCGCGCAGGCUCCUCCCCUCCACCAUGCCAGGAUCCUUAACUCAACUCCCAACACUGCUAAUCCUUAACUCUAUUAUCAUGCAUCUGCACUCACAGAGCUGCCUUGCCAUGAGAUAUGAGGCUCUGCUUCUGCGAGACGCUAAAUUCUCUGACAGCCACCAUCUCAAAGUGUCACGCGAGGAGUGGUUAACUUUCGCAAAGGAUGCUCUUCACAACGGCUUCUACACCAUUGCUUCCAAGGCAUUUGCACAUGCUACUGCACACACUCAUCGCAGCCACCCAAGGCAGUUUGACUCCACUGAUUCCAUUGACAAGGACAUGAUCAAUGAUAUAACUGGACUUCAAACCCUGGCCGAGUCAUUAUCUGCAAAGCAUUCUGUUCAGACAGAGUCAGCUGAAUACAUGAAAAGGAGAAAGUCGGGUGUUCAUGAGAAGUAUAAUUUGCAAUCAGGAAAACCAAAGCUACCUGGCACUUCAAUGUAUAUGUUAGGGAUCAAAACAAGGAACAUAAAGAAACUGCUUCAUAGCCGUGAAAGAAAUUUUGGGGAUAUUUUGAAGCAAUCUUAGUAUGGCAUCUUCCACAUGACUGACAAGAAUGAGCAUGAUCUGUAGUAGGAGUCAUUUUGUAAAAGGUGAGUUUAAUGCCUUAAUUUUACUUAUUUCUGGAACUCUAUUCUUUUUAACUUAUUUCUUCCUAACAAAGCGCAUCUGCACUUCAAUCUCUUAUGCCUAGUUGAGCAUCUGCAGUACCAGUAUCAGUACCAUCUCAUAGGAACAAUAUAGACGAACACAUCAAGUCUUACGAAUUCAGUUAUUCCUUUCUAUACUCAAUCCUUGAUUAGAACAUAAGGCCACAUUGAAGCCUUGUUGUCAGAUAACUACGUCGUUCAUCUGAUUAUUGAAGUAUGUGGGGGAUGCAUUGAUAGCAUGUGCAUGCCAGCCGUCCUCAUUUUCUUUAGUAAUCCACAUCAUCAGUUCAUGUGGAACCCCUGUUCAUCAGUUCCCCGAAUUAAAAAUACAGUAGUUUUCAGCUUACUUUUAUAACAUUGGAUCCUAGAUUUUUUUUUUAAAAAAAAACAGUGGCUAGACCAUCAUCUCUUAUUUGAGCUCAAAAGUUUAAUGACAAGUCAAUUGCCUCGAAAAUAAGCCGCUCACAUGGCGGUAUCAUACCAUUGGCAUAUUCGCUAUAAAUGAUUUGGUGAUUACAUUACUAUACUAUUUAACUACAUUUUCCACCAUUAUUUUUCUUGCUGGUUGAUUUCUGGCCCAUCUCAUCAGUGUACAGUUUCAGCUUGGUAUAUAUUUCAGAAAUGUUGAACUUUGCUUUUUACGUGCAACUCAAUUAGGUGAGAAUUUUUUGCAAUGGAAGACAUGAAGUGGAGUUCAUGUAUGAGUCUUUGAUUCAAACAUUAAGACGAAGCUGCUAUUUUCCAUAUCUGCAGAACGUUGUUCAUGUGCAGGACAAUAAUAAAUAGCAAUAAAGUCAUGCUUAACAUGUUGCCUUAUAAUAUGAAUUGAUUUUUUUUUCUGACUGAUGAGUGUGGCAAAUAUUGGGAAAAAAAAGGUGCAUGUGAAGCAUUUUCUUU